GCGUGUCUGCAGACGCUCGAGGGCCAUAGCGAUCAGCUCACCUCGGUGGCCUUCUCUCCCGACUCGACGCGGCUGGCGUCGGCGUCGACCGACGGCACGGUCAAGGUCUGGGACGCAGGCAGCGGCGCGUGCCUGCAGACGCUCGAUAUCGGCUAUCCACUUCAGACCAUGUCUUUUAAUGCUUCUGGCUCCGGCCUUUUGACAAACAUUGGUGUUAUCAACCUUGGUCCACUAUUAUCAUCGAACAUCACCACUACCACCCAAGAGCUUGAAUCCCCCAAAUACCAAGUCACUGCACUAAGCUCAGAUGGAACAUGGAUAACGUACAAUUCGUAGAACGUAAUUUGGCUACCUUUAGAGUACCGCCCUCGCUGUUCCGCUGUCUCCGAGAGUCUUAUCGGUAUGGGUGUAGGGACCGGAAGGGUGUGGAUGUGCGAUGUUAAGCCCCAC